UUUCUUCCUCUUCAAAUAAAAAUAUAUAAAAAAAGAAAAAGAAAAAUGCUACUUCGCAGCUCGUCGAACCCGGGCCUAGACUCGUGGUUCCGUCGUCAGCUGAAUGGUUCAUCACCACCGUUGGAUCUCAUCCGGCGCACCCCGCCAAUUAAACUAAUCACCAGAGCUUCUUCAGAACUCCACAUCUCCACCAAAACCAAUAUCUCUUCUUCUAUUGCUGCUGUUGACCAAGAUACCAACGCUUUUUUGUUUUUAAAAUCUGGGUUUUAUGACGACGACGGUGACGAUCGUGGGGUAGAUGUCAUGGAGGAGGAGGGCGGCGACGGCGGCGGUGUCGGGAAAGUAUUCGGACGCGGUGGGAAUGGGAAUGAUCAUGAAAAUGAGAAUCAUAAUGAUGGAACCGAUUCUUAUUAUCUUAAUAUGAUUCAAGCUAAUCCUGGCAACUCUAUGCUUCUCAGCAAUUAUGCCAAGUUCUUGAAAGAGGUUAGAGGUGAUUUUAUCAAGGCUGAAGAGUACUGCAGUCGAGCUAUUUUGGCGAAUCCGAACGAUGGAAAUGUUUUUUCAAUGUAUGCUGAUUUGAUCUGGGAGACGCAAAAGGAUGUCACUCGUGCACAAACUUAUUUUGAUCAAGCUGUUCAGGCUUCUCCUGAUGACUGUUAUGUUAUGGCUUCUUAUGCUCGGUUUCUUUGGGAUGCGGAUGACGAUGAAGAGGAAGAGGACGAACGUGAUAUGAACGUGUUAACGCCAAGUUUCUUAACAGGAACUUCACAACCGCCUCCAAUUGCUGCAGCAUCUUAGAGAUCAUUUCUCUUUUGUAUAUUAGCGGAGAUAAUAUAUAGUAACUUUCUAACCCCAUCUUUUUUUCUGCUUUUUAGACACUCCAUGUGGCGAUGUCUCUAAUAAUAGAUAUGUUUCUAUUAUAAUGGAUUUUGUAAUUAUAAUGUCACAAUGGUAAUAAAAUGAUAUUACGACUUCUUGUUA